GUUAGUUGGGGAAACGUCAAACUAAAUUGGCCGACCGUCUCCGACCACCAAAUUCAUGAAAAACGUCCACCCUAACAACCAAAGACUCCUUCUACGCGGGUGCCAACUUUGUAUCCAUAAAACAAGGAGAAAUCUAUGCUCUGCUCUUGGUAUAAAUUCUUGAAUUGUUGUCGUUCCAAAUUAGCCGGCCAUCAUCACCAAUUCCAAUCAACAUGAAGGCCGGUUCCGUCAUUACAACAACCUUCUUUCUCUUGCAUUGCCUCCUCGUUCUGUCGGAAGAUAUUGAUCUUGACGGCAACCAUUUACAUUUUGGAUUCUAUAACAAGACCUGCCCGCAGGUGGAGACGAUUACACGUCUGGUAGUGGCGCAAGCCGUGAACAAAAAUGCGGGCGUGGCCGCAGGCCUUAUUCGACUGCAUUUCCAUGACUGCUUUGUCAAUGGUUGCGAUGCCUCAAUUCUGUUGGAUGCCACCCCGUCUGGAGAGCCAGUAGAGAAGGAAGCCACGGGCAAUUACAAAUCGCUACGGGGAUUGGAGGUGAUCGACGAGAUCAAAGCCCGUGUAGAGCAAUUCUGCCCUGGCAUUGUGUCUUGCGCUGACAUCCUGGCGUUUGCAGCCCGCGACGCUGCUGUCAUUGUAGGCCUCAUUCCCUACAAAGUCCCAGCAGGUCGCCGCGAUGGUCGGUCCUCCCGAGCCGCUGACGCAGCCACCGAACUUCCUAAACCCACUGCAACAGUUGACGAACUAACGAAGCUCUUCGCCAGGAAGGGACUCAGCCAGGAAGAGAUGGUCACGCUCUCCGGGGCACACUCCAUAGGCGUUGCUCACUGCCCUACCUUCGCCUACAGGCUAUACAAAUAUAGCCCAACAGUGUUGCAAGACCCAAGUUUGGAUUACAUAUUUGCUUCUUACUUAAAGGUAAGUUGCCCAAUGCCCGGGACUUUCAUGGCAGAUUACUUCAGUGAAGCAACCAUCCCAUUCGACCAGGCCUCUCCCACGACGCUGGAUAACAAGUACUACCUGGGUCUCAAGCUCGGGAGAGGGUUGUUGGAAUCAGAUCAGGCUCUAAUGAAAGACAGAAAUACCAGUAAGAUUGUGGAAGAGUUUUCCCUUAAUCCCACUAGUUGGUCCCAGAAAUUUGGCAGAGCCAUGACUCGGAUGGGGAGAAUUGAGGUACUAACGGGAAACCUAGGAGAGAUAAGGAACUACUGCCGAUUGGUUAACUGAUGAAGUGAUUAUGAUGAUGAUGACAAUGAAAUUCUUCUGUUUUUUCCUCUUCCUUCCUCCAUUGACAUUGAAUCAUACAUGGGUUAUUGUGCUUUGUGGGUUUGUUAUAUCAUUAUAUGCCAUACUAGAUUUAGCUAUUUUUUUAAGAAUAAAUGUAAUCAAUGCCAUACUGCAGACCUGCUACAAACAGAGGCGUGUACAUAGGUUGAGGUAGCCAAUCAACAGCGAACACGCCAGUGAUCCGUGCGCAUUGGGAGUCUGGAUCUGCUAGUGCUAACUUCAAAAUGCUGGCCACAUCACAUGACCCUGCAGCCACAAUGAGAUAUGCUCCCCCACCAUGUGCGGCUAGUGUCUUGUGGUGAGCCCAUGAGCCCAUCCAAACUCGUAGCAGCAUGAGCUGUUUGGAAGCCUUUAUGCAUAUGAUACACUAGCAGAUUGAACGCACGGGAUAUUUGAAUAUCUAGUGAUGUUGUAAUAUUGAUAAAGAAUGGUUGACUGAAAAAGAACCUGUAAAUUUGCAGUGUCAUUCUAUGUCGA